GGUAAACACCAUCUAUUCGUUAUUAUUAAAAGUUUCUAUAUAGCGCCACCAACGUUAUAUUUUGGUAAGGUACACGUGAGUUUAAAACCAAUGUGUCACUGACAAACAUCACUUGUUACAUCAACACAAAUGUGAGAAAGGACAUAGAAGAAAGAACAGUUUCUCAAUAAAUAUUCUUGCAAUGUCGUUACCUGCAUUGUCCAGAGUUGUAGAGCUAGGUAGACUAACCACAGUCACCCGAAGCUGCCUAAAGUGUCGUGUAACAACUUUGACUUUGAGGAGACUCACUACCAAGCCCCCAGUCAACAUUUGUCAACCAAGCAGGACGAGAUCAUGGCUGACAAGGUGUGGUCUUGGUACUCUCGGCAGUAUCGUACUUUGUGCAAUGCCAAUAAGUAGCAAAUUAUCACAUACAGCUUCAGUAAGCCUUCAGGACCAAUCUGAAGCGUUAAGUCAUCAGUCACUGAUUAAGAGUGCUGCAGCUAUUACUGUGGAUUCAUCAUGUGUGCUUUUAACACAUGCCGCAUUAGCGGCUAUAGCACUACAUAAGGAAUACGCUAAGAUGGUUAACCACUUGAAGCUUCUGCUCAAAGAUCACGGUCAGUUUAUUGGGGGUUCAGCCCAAGAAGAUGCGCUUUGGCUGGAAAUCAUAGAGAUGCGAGUCGGCAUCGAUGACAAGAUGCUUGAAAUUGAGAAAAUUAAUGACAUGUUGACUUCGGCCGUCUUAGUUCUCGAACGAGCGGCAGAAGCUGCCUUCCAGGCAGAUGUCGAGCUUUCUGCUGUGACUGCUGGACAGCAUCUUCAACUUGUCCAGUCUCAACUGGACAUGGCAAGGAAACUCUCCCAAAAAGCUCAACAAGACUUGACCAAUAUUCAGGUUGAGAGUAUAAAGCAGUCGGCAGGAGAAGGCAGUGGUGGGACUGCUGUUGAGGAGACGGCGAGUUGAAGCUGGAGAAAGUAAGACGGUAGAAACGAGUUUCUGAAUCGAACGACAAACCUUCAGGAAGGUAACUCUAGUAGGAAUGUAGACAUCUUAUCACAACCCUUGAAAAUGUGUUAUGUAAUUAUUGAUACGUCAUGGAAGAAAUAGAAACAAAAGUUGCUGAUUUGGUGUCACUGUUUUCCAUGUGAGAUUCACUAUCAACGAAGGUUGGGUUUUGUUUUGCACUUAAAAGUUUAUUUUGAAAUUGAUAACUAUUCAACUAUUUGUCAUCUACCAGCAACAAUACUUGGUUCCAACUUGUUGUGAUUGCAUUUGAGGAAAAUUGUGUGUGAACUUGCUGAUAUUAGUGUUCCAAUCCUCCCUCCCACUCCAAGGGAGGAUGCUGGCGGACUCGUCAAUUAUGACCUUUUUAACCCCUCUCUAUCAUCUACCAGCAAUACUACUUUGUUUACUGACAAGAUUGGGGUUUUGAUUUUGCAUUUGUAAGUUUAUUUUGCAAUUGAUGACUAUUCGACCAGCAACAAUACUUUGUUCCAGAUUGUUGUGGUUGCAUUCCAUUUGAAUAAAAUUGUUUCUGAACUUGCUGAUAUUUAUUGUUUUCCAAUCCGCCCCCUCUCACUCAAACGUAGGAUCUUGACGUGUGAGGACAACUAUUUAUUACUGCCAGUAACAAUAAUUUUUUUCCUACUGUUGUUUCUGAACUUGCCGAAUAAUAUUUAUGGUUUUCCAAUCCUUUCCCUCCCACUACAAGGGAGGAAGUUGGCGUUUGAGGACUCUUUAAGUUUUAUUAUUUUUUAAAUGAAUUAUUAUUUGACUAUUUAUCAACUACCAGCAACAUUACUUUGUUCCAGAUUGUUGUGAUUAUAUUUAAAGACAAUUUUUCGAACUUGCUGCUAUUUAUUGUUGUCCAAUCCUUCCUCCCACUCCAAGGGAAGAAGUCAGAGUUUGAGGGAUUGUAAGUGUAAUUUACACUAGACUUGCUUACUGCUUAACUUCUUGCUUAAUUGGCGACCUGAAGGUUUGGACUGAGAUGGUCUUCCACACAGUUCUAGCAAGCAGUUCUUCCUGUCCUGUCCAAUUAAGUCUGUGUCUUCUGCUAUGAGUUUGAAGUCAUCCUUUCUAGGGGGACCUUCAGUUUUCUUUCCAUGUUUGGGCUGCCAUAGAAGAACCUUAGCAGGCCUGUAUGCUUCGUUUUUGAAAGGGCAGGGGCACCAAGGCAUUUUCUCUUUUGUAAAGGGCGGAAAAAUGAGGAACUUAUAAAUUCCUACUGGAUCAUUUUAAGGGCACCAAGGCAAUGACCAGGGGGCAUGGAGGCAAUUGCCUUUGUUGCCUCAGUGAAGGAUCGGGCCUGCCUUAGUAACUAUUUCUUCUUCCCUUCUGGAACAGGAAGCCUUAUUAGCCUCAAACUAUCAGAAAUUUUUCAAAACCACUGCACACUGGACUUAAUUGAUAUUAGAGAGUGGAGUGGCACAUUGUGACCCCUCCUGUGCUUUUUUUAUAAAAUUGUAAUGGGCUUAUCACCAUGAAAUGUUGUGACUGGAUUUUUUAAUGUUUAGGGCCAGAAUCAUGGUUUAUUUAAAGACAUUAAACAAUUUGCGGUCCAAUGACCGAAUCAAAUUUUGAAUUUACAAAUUUAAAAACAUUAAAAGCACACAAACAAGGGUUCAACAGACUAAAAGAUUAAAAGCACACAAACAAGGGUUCAACAGACUAAAAGAAAGGGGGAAAAAUGAUAACCAUUUCAAUCAAAUUUUCAUCACAAAGGUGGCCCGUGCAUGGGCAUCAAAAUUGGACUUUAAAAUUUCAAAUAGAAAUUUUACUUUUACUGAAAACAGCCUUGAGAAAUAUACAAAAUUAAAGAAAGAUCUAGAGAGAGCGAUAGCUAUAACGCAAACUUUAAAUAUGUUAUUGUUACAAUUACAGUUAUUUCUUAUCUCCUAGCCCAUGGAACCAAUGGUUUUACAUUGUAGUGAACUGUUAGUACUUUUUAAACUACCUUUUGUACUGUGAAUCUUUUGAUCGUACUUAUUUUUGAUUUCUUUUGUUUUAUUAUUUGUUUUGUUUAAAAAAACAGUGGAGUGUGAAGUAUCAAUCUACAAUUAAGAAUUCAUUUAUAUGGGAUCCAAUAUGGCCACCCAUGUUGGAUCAGAAUACAUUAUGGGAUUCUAUAUGGCCACCCAUGUUUGAUCAGAAUACAUUAUGGGAUUCAAUAUGGCCACCCAUGUUGGAUCAGAUUGCAUUAUGGGAUUCAAUAUGGCCACCCAUGUUAGAUCAGAAUGCAUUAUGGGAUUCAAUAUGGCCACCCAUGUUAGAUCAGAAUACAUUAUGGGAUUCAAUAUGGCCAACCAUGUUAGAUCAGAAUACAUUACCGGGGAUUCAAUAUGGCCACCCAUGUUAGAUCAGAAUACAUUACCGGGGAUUCAAUAUGGCCACCCAUGUUGGAUCAGAAUGCACUAUGGGAUUCAAUAUGGCCACCCAUGUUGGAUCAGAAUACAUUAUGGGAUUCAAUAUGGCCACCCAUGUUGGAUCAGAAUACAUUAUGGGAUUCAAUAUGGCCACCCAUGUUAGAUCAGAAUACAUUAUGGGAUUCAAUAUGGCCACCCAUGUCAGAUCACUAUGGGAUUCAACAGUAACACCAGAAUGUAACAAUGUUUUACAAAAUUUCAAAUUAUGUUUGUCAAUUUAAAGGCAGUGGACACUUGGUAAAUUACUCAA